CUGUAUCUCAUUACCUGUAUCUAUUUGUGUUUUUCGGGGGGGGGGGAUGACUUUCUGUGCCUGUCAGGAAGAAGAAACAGGAAGAGGAGGAGGCAGACGUGAAAAGAAAGGCCAUAGAUACAGCCUAUCUAGCCAGACAGGCGGUGAAGAACACCCCUAAACGAGCACUCUCCCCCGGGGUGCGGCUCGCCAAGUCUCGAGUUCUGCCAAGGGGACAUACCCCAGAGCACACCCGAGGACCCCAGCACCUCAGUGACUACCCCAGAAGCAGCAGGGUUCAUGCCCCUGACUGAGGCCUGUGGGAUGGUUGGUGCAGAGUCAGGCCUGGGCACUCUUCUGGAUGACUCCCCACAAAAGAAGCUCAUGGGCCAGAAAGCCACGCCACCACCAUCCCCUCUCCUCUCUGAGCUACUGAAGAAAGGCAGUUUCAUACCCACAAGCCCCAGACUGGUUGGAGAUGGUGACCUGCCUGGUAAUAUGACAAUAGCACAUGACCUACAGCUCACAGGCUCCAUUCUCCCUGGCUGUCUAGCAACAGGCAGGGAUGAGGUGGAGGCCUCCCCGUCUGGCCCAGAGGAGGGGACAGAAGAGGGCCUAGUGGCGGUGCCCUACAUGGGAGAUGAAUUGGACCUGGAGACAGUGGGGGACAUCAUCGCCAUCAUUGAGGAUAAGGGUGAUGAGAAUGCAGAAGCUUCGGAUGCGGCUGCAGUGGAGGCCGCUCUGUCCCUGUGUGAGGAGACGUCCUGUCUGGCCCCCCCUGGGAGCCCGGGCCCUUCAAGCCUCCUGAGUCUAACCCUGCCAACCCCACACGGGCCCCACAAGCCUCCUCCUACUCCUCCCCCCUCCACGGCAGUCUGGAGGUGAAGAGGGAGAGCCUGGAGACACGGGGUGGGGCCUCUGCAUGUGACAGCCUGAACAGCUGUACCUCAGGGUACA